AUGGCCGACCACGCCCUCAAUACAAGCGCCGAGGUCGCGUCAAGAGCUGUCAAUUUGCGUGCAGAAUUGAAGACCUGGGAGAAAGAUUUUGCGUCGGGACACGAGGGGCGAAAAGCUGGUCGAGAGGAUAUAAAGCAGAACCCCGACAUUGCCGCAAAAUAUAAGGAAUAUGGCCGACUCAAAGCACUCGAGUCCUCCCUUAGCCGAGGCGAGAAUCGACAGCUAGAACACUCCGAUUCCCAAUCCAAAAAACGCAAACAUGCUUCUCCUAACGGCCCAGAUCAUGCGAACUUAAUCACGACGCCACGCAAGUCGUCCAAGGGGCUCUUUGCGACCCCAUCCAAUAACCGCACCAGUCAUGUCCACCACUCGCAUGUAGACGAAUUCGUCUCACCGUCCACGUUCCGCAAACUGUUCAGCCCUAGUACACAUCGGCAGAGCGCACCAGCCCCAUCACCACUCAAGGCUGCAAUCGGACCCACCCCUCAGCGCGAUGGGAAAGCGCUCGGCCUCUUUGAUAUGUUGUCGGAGUCGGGAGGAAGCAACGCGACGCCGUCAGCGAAGAAGCAAAGGGACUUUUUGGCGGCGGGAUUCCAAACACCUUCCAAACCAAAAGCGUUCGAGCCAAUCGCAGAAGUGCCAGACGAACAGGAAGAUGAUAUAAGGCUUUCCCGCACUCCAGCAUCCUCUAACAAACAAUUCUACCUGGCCAAUCUAUUCGCGACGCCGACUACCAUGCGUUACGCGGCUAUGGUUGAAAAUGAGGAUGACAGGCUGGGACAGGAGAAUGCGCCUCCAAUUAUUGAGGCUGCUACAUCACCGCAGCCCAAUCCGUCUGAAACGCCCUCUUUCCUACGCCGCUCGAAUUUCGGUAGACUCGCACCUCCCAAUUCCAACCAGCAGAGCGCGGGACUCAGCCCCAUUGCAUCCCGCAAACCUCUGCAAUUUGCAGGCAGGGGUCUAUCCCAUCUGGUGCAAGGACUGCGCGCAAUGGAGGAAGAGCGCGAGGAUGAUGAGUGGGAUAUGCUUCGUGAAAUCGAGGAGCAAGAGGCAGCGAGCUUCCAGGUUCCGGAGAGUCAACCUGUGCAGGAGAACUAUCGACCAUAUAAGAAGAAGGGCCAGAAGCGAACUACGCGACGAGUGAUUAUGCGACCAGUCGCGCCUCGGCCGAAAGCUCGACCCAGUCCCGCUGCUGCGCCUGUCGAAGAGGAUUCAGGAAGCGAUGAUGAGCGAGCUGCGGUUCCCGAAACGCAACUCUUAGCCAUCUCAGAAGAGGUGGAUAAUGUCCGUGAGAAAGAGCAAGAUGCCGCUAACAAUAUGGGCGCUUUGCAUACCAUGUCCGAUCUCGAAUCCGACCCCGGUGCAGAGCUUGACAUUGACUCGGAUUAUGAUCCCGAGUACGACGACAAGCCCAAGCCUUUCGCUCGGGCUAAGAGUUUCUCUGAACGGAUCAAGGAAGCUGUCUCCAUGGCCAAGCCGCAAGUCAAGGAAGCCCCAUCAAAAGCCACGUCCGUCCCUGAGAAAGAAGAUAAGCCACCCAAGCCUCGGAUGAUCAAGGCGAAUGCUCAGUCCCACACGAACUACCGGAGCCUGAAGAUUCAUCAUAGAGGAGGAUCUCGGGGCCAUGGGCGGUUCCGUCGGAGAUAG